AUGUGAAUGACCCUGUGCAGAUCAUAUUUUCUCUGGGCUUCAGUUUCUUUAUCUACAAGGAGGGUAUUGGACUAGAUCAUGUUUAAGGUCCUAACGAAAUUUCUAUGGUUUUUAGUUCUUCUUUGUAUGUGUCUGGAUUUUUUUUUCUAAAUGCUCAAGUACUACAUUAUUUAAGGUAUAUUUCAUCGUAGGACUUUUUUUUUCCACUUCUGUUUCUUUCUUCAAUAUAUGUGAGAGGAGGAUACUGACUAAGUCUGAAGGGAAGAAGAAGGAAGAAAAUUAGCUACAGGAAGAGUUUAUAUUCCCAUCUACAAGAAAACUUAAAUAUAGCUACCACUGCUUUGAAAGGAAUGGUUUAUAUCCAAACAGUUUUUUCCAGACAGGCUCUGUACUUUUUUGCCAACUUUCAAUUGAAGGCGGUAGACAGUUAAACAAGAGUCGGCACUGGAAACAGCUGUGAGUAGACGAGAGCAGUUACUUAUAAGGAAGCGAUCGCGAUCGGAUGACUGCCAAUCAUGAGAGCUACCUCCUCAUGGCGAGCACCCAGAAUGAUAUGGAAGACUGGGUGAAGUCCAUCCGCCGAGUCAUAUGGGGACCUUUCGGAGGAGGUAUUUUUGGGCAGAAACUGGAAGACACUGUGCGCUAUGAGAAGAGGUACGGGAACCGCCUGGCCCCCAUGCUGGUGGAGCAGUGCGUGGACUUCAUCCGACAGCGGGGCCUGAAGGAAGAGGGUCUCUUCAGGCUGCCAGGCCAGGCUAAUCUGGUCAAGGAGCUGCAGGACGCCUUCGACUGCGGGGAGAAGCCGUCAUUCGACAGCAACACGGACGUGCACACAGUGGCGUCACUUCUUAAGCUGUAUCUCCGAGAACUCCCAGAGCCGGUGAUUCCUUACGCAAAGUAUGAAGAUUUUUUGUCAUGCGCCAAACUGCUCAGCAAGGAAGAAGAAGCAGGUGUGAAGGAACUAGCAAAGCAGGUGAAGAGUUUGCCAGUGGUCAAUUACAACCUCCUUAAGUACAUUUGCAGAUUCUUGGAUGAAGUGCAGUCCUAUUCAGGAGUUAACAAAAUGAGCGUGCAGAACUUGGCAACUGUGUUUGGUCCAAAUAUCCUGCGUCCCAAGGUGGAAGAUCCUUUAACCAUCAUGGAGGGCACUGUGGUGGUCCAGCAGUUGAUGUCCGUGAUGAUUAGCAAACACGAUUGCCUCUUCCCCAAAGACGCAGAAUUACAAAGCAAGCCCCAGGACGGAGUAAGCAACAACAACAAUGACAUUCAGAAGAAAGCUACCAUGGGUCAGUUACAGAACAAGGAAAACAAUAACACCAAGGACAGCCCUGGUCGGCAGUGCUCUUGGGACAAGUCUGAGUCUCCCCAGAGAAGCAGCAUGGACAAUGGAUCCCCUACAGCUCUGCCAAGUAGCAAAACCAACAGUCCAAGGAACAGUGUCCACAAGCUGGAUGUGUCUAGGAGCCCCCCUCUCAUGGUCAAAAAGAACCCUGCCUUCAAUAAGGGUAGCGGGAUAGUCACCAAUGGGUCCUUCAGCAGCAGUAAUGCAGAAAGUCUGGAGAAAACUCAGACCACACCCAAUGGCAGCUUACAAGCCAGGAGGACCUCUUCUCUGAAGGGGUCUGGUACCAAAAUGGGCACCCACAGCGUACAGAACGGAACGGUGCGCAUGGGCAUCCUGAACCCCGACAUGCUCGGGAACCCCGUGAAUGGUCGCAGCAUGAGCUGGCUGCCCAAUGGCUACGUGACCCUGAGGGACAACAAGCAAAAGGAGCAAGCUGGAGAGUCGGCCCAGCACAACAGGCUUUCCACCUAUGACAAUGUCCACCAGCAGUUCUCCAUGAUGAACCUUGACGACAAACAGAGUGUGGACAGUGCCACCUGGUCCACUUCCUCCUGUGAAAUCUCCCUCCCCGAGAACUCCAACUCCUGCCGCUCCUCCACGACCACCUGCCCAGAACAAGACUUUUAUGGGGGGAACUUUGAGGAUCCUGUUCUGGAUGGGCCACCCCAGGAUGACAUUUCUCACCCCGGGGACUAUGAAAGCAAAAGUGACCAUAGGAGCGUGGGAGGUCGCAGCAGCCGUGCCACCAGCAGCAGUGACAACAGUGAGACAUUUGUUGGUAACAACACCGGCACCCACAGUGCGCUGCACAGUUUAGUCUCCAGCCUGAAACAGGAGAUGACCAAACAGAAGCUAGAGUACGAGACCAGGAUAAAGAGCUUAGAACAGCGAAACUUGACUUUGGAAACAGAAAUGAUGAGCCUCCACGAUGAACUGGAUCAAGAAAGGAAAAAGUUCACCAUGAUAGAAAUCAAAAUGCGGAAUGCCGAGCGAGCGAAGGAAGAUGCUGAGAAAAGAAACGACAUGCUGCAGAAGGAAAUGGAGCAGUUCUUCUCCACGUUCGGGGAGCUGACAGUGGAACCCAGGAGACCUGAGAGAGGAAACACGAUAUGGAUCCAGUGAGCCUGUCUUAACCCAGUGAACUCAGUGUUUCAUUGAGUUCUCCACUGUCUCGAAGGCUCUGGGGAGGCCUGUGGGGACUCUGGUGGGCGGCGAUGUGGGAGCGGGUAGCUGGUCACCUGGCUGUGCAGGGCCCUGUUGGUGAGAGAUAUCAUUCACACUCAUUAACUAUCCAUGUCUGCAACGUGUACCAAAGUUAUAUCAUGCCGCAUCCUGCUACUGUCAAGUGUUACAACUGGAUAUGUGUAUAUAGAGUAGUUUCUAAAAAGUAAACUAAAACUAAGAAGCUUAUCUCCAGAAUUAUUUUAUUGCAAGUCUUGUAUUUAAACGUUAAAUCAAUAUGUUGUUGCAAUUUAGCUUGCUCUCAAGCUUCAAUCCUUGCACUUAACAUAAGCUAUUUUUGGCAUUGUGUUAUCAUCCUCUUAUUUUAUAGAUCAAUAUUUUUAUUUCCCCUUUUGCUGAGGAAAUGAAAAUGAGAAGAAAUAUAUAUAUACAUAUAUAUAUAUAUAUAUAAAUCUAUAUAAGAUGAGUUGCUAAAAUCUAAAGAUUCUUUUGUGGCUGUGCUCUUUGUGCCAACAGACCUUGCCAUGACCAAAAAGAGAAAUGUAAAUACUUUUAUAAAAUACAGGAGAAUUGCAAAGUACCUUUGGGUUGCUCUUUGAACUCUUCCCCGGGCAACACUGUUUAUUUUGUUUUAGGAGAUGAUUUGGAAAGAAAUUUAGGGGUUGUGUGAGGAAGUCCCCUUCUCCAGGCCCCUCUCACCUUGCCAGACCCAUGCCUAUGUGUCUCCUAUGCAAGAUGGGGCCAUGGUAAAGGGUGGCAUUUCAGUAGUCACAGCUAGGGUUCCCGUGUCUCUCCCAGCUGAAUCCCUGUAACUGCUGGGUGGUUACUGGAGGAAGCCUUUCCUCUGUUUGGGACUUGGGAGACAAUAUUUGCUGACCCAGGAGCACCUGUGCUGUCACUCAGCCCUUCCCUCCCUCCAGCAAUUGCACUUUGAAAUGCCAGCAGUGAAUGGCAUGUCCCUCUCAGUGAAACCACUAAAUUAGGUGUCACAUGGUGACCCCUUUCUCCUACUCAGGCUGUUGGCAUCUGAGAUUCUUUCCGCACCACAGCUGGCAAAAGCAGUUUGUAGCAAGAUGAUGAGAAAAAGGGACCAGGAGGAAGUUAGGAACAGACAGCUCCUCUGCUUCUAAUUUUGUCAAUAUCAUUUUUCCUUACUGGAAACUCAUUCGUGUUAAUUUUAAAACAUGAAUGCUUACAUGUCCAAUUUUGGCAAGUAUGUGAUCUUCAGUAAUGUUACCUUUCAAGAAAAUUCCAGGGUUCUCUUGAGCUAUUGUUCUAGAGGAACGGUUUUUCACACUUCAAUAAGGCAACGAUUAUGAGAAGCCAGGUGAAUAAAUCUCAUGCAAGAAAAUAAGUCACAAAAGGCAAAUCAAAAAUAAAGACUGAGUUUAUGGAAUUUGUGUUAUUGAA